AUGGUCUCUGCUCUCUGGAAGGCUUGCUCCGAGGGGAACCUCGAAAAUGUCCACGAACUCCUCAAGGAGGCAUCGUCCGCUGAUAUUGAAGAUAAGGAUCCCACUGGAGCGACUCCCCUCAUCGAAGCCAUUAAGGGUGGUCAUACUGAAAUAGUUGCCGCACUCCUGGACAGAGGUGCUGAUCCGAUGAACAUAUCGAAUGAUACUUCCCCUGAGCAGUACACGUCGGAUUCAGUCAUCCUGGAGUUGCUUGAGGCAGCUAAGCACAAAAUCCAUUCGAGUGCUCCUGUGCCGCAGAAUAUAGUCUACAAUCAUGAUUCAAAUAUAGAUGUCAGCAAAGGAUACUAUGGUCCUCCUCCCGCCGCGUACUACUACCCAGGUGUACCUAUUGGCGCACCUAUGAUGCCGGAUGGUUCGGUACCGUACUAUCAACACCCUCCGCAAAUACCGCCCGAGCACAAUCCAGGUGGCAUGUCCAACUUGCCCCCUCCUGAAGUGGCUCGCAUGAUUCCUUGCCGAUACUAUCCUGCUUGUCGAUACGGAUCUGCGUGCAUAUUUGCCCAUCCACAGACCCCUUACAUACAGAGCCCCAUGCCCCCGCCGGCGCAGUAUUCCACUCCUUACGAUCCCAUGGCUCCCACGCCUUACCCGCCGCCAACAUAUUAUCCAAUGCCUCCGCCUUCAUUCUCUACGUCCCCGGGUGGUGUGCCAGUGAAUCAUAUGUCUCCCCCUUCUGGUGCCCAUCCUACCUUACCUCAUCAAACCCUAGCUCAUGGACGAUCAGGCUCAGACGUUGUGUCACCUAUUCAAGCACCUUUCAGCCCAAUAGGUGCACUUCCACCUGUACCAUACAGUGUUGUAUCUCCCAUGUCACCUACUUAUGCCCAACCUGGUCAAAUCCCUGUUUCUGUACCAAUUCCUCCUUUGCCGCCCCUCCAGCAUGGUGGUGGCGGUCCACAAUCUCCGCAACAAUCAAUGUAUCCGUCUGUAUCAUCUGCUGGGCCUGGAUCCAUUCCACCAUACUCUUUACCUCGGGAUCCUAUCGCUCAUUAUCAACAGGGUAUGCAUCCUAACGGUACCGUCAACCACAUGACUUCACCAAAGUCACCAACAGCUCAUCCGCAGGCGGAUGGCUAUGGUUCCCCUCCGAUGCACCGGGAUGCCAUGACGCACCAUCGUCGAGGAAGCACUAGACGACCGUCAUUCGGAGGGCUCGGGCGGAAACCUCCCUGUCUUUUCUUUCCUGUUGGGAAAUGCAGGAAUGGCGAUGAUUGUCGUUUCCCUCACAUUAUCCCAGAUGGCGGCCCGUCUUUCCACCCUUCGAGUCACCCACAUCUCUCUGCUAGGGGAGGUCAUCGACAACGUCCAUCAAGCCAUCAAUCCGCUCAUCAAAACGGAACAGCUGUAAUGGAAGAGAAAUUUUCAGCCAUGACGGUCCAAGACGAAUCCCAUUUAUCUCACACGCGGGGCGCUCCUAAUGGGUCAACUGUCACUGCGGGAUCUAGUCGGUCGCAGUCGACCGAUCCGGGUAGCAGACGAGGCUCUCAGGGAUUUAAGUCGCACUAUGCGUCAAAUGGUGUUCGCCCUGACAAAAAAUCUGCACCUAUGAAGCCCCAGCGAGUCCCGAAUGCCGACGAGUUCCCAGUUCUUACCAGCACCACACCUAGCACCACGCCUCCCUUACGAAGCCCCGCGUUGCAUGGAUCGUCUGCCGCUGGUUAUACGGGUCCCACCGCCGCCCAAGUGUUGCAAGCACCUGCCCCUCGCAAAGACGGUCAGCAAACACUUCGGGGUACCACGCCGGAACAGAAUAAUUACUCGUCAGGAUUGAAGGAUAGAGCAGAGCUCAAUGGCGCUGCCCCUGAGCAGCCGGCGAGCAAGCUUCCCGUCUCCUUCGCGGCUGCGGCUGCCGUCCCUGACGCUGCCAAAGAAGUCUCCGUCUCAGCUUAA